UUAAGUUUCAUAAACGGAGACAAGCACAUCACUUUAGAAGAAUCAUCUGCUACGACCUUUCGAGGGGACUGAGCAAUCUGAGCUGUGUUUUUCUGCAAGGAUUCUUUGAUAAAAAAGACAAACAGAAGAAAGGCUUCAUAGAGGUGAGAACCAAGGUUCAACCAGGAGAAUCAAUGAAGUUAGCGGUGUUAUUGCUGUGUGGAACUUUGGUGAUCAAUUGGAAUUGUGGUUCAGCUCUAGCCAGGCAGUAUGGAAGAAGAGAUUCGCGAUCCGGAAAGCGGGGAAGAAAUUCCAGACCUCCCGUGUGUGAACUGUACUCCGGUGGCGACUUGUGUGCGCCGUAUCUCAAAGGUCAGCAGAUUUACGUGUCAAAGAAGCGUCAAUCUCAACAACAGAACACUAUAGAAAACAGCUACCAAAUGCUCUUUCAAUAUGUGUCUGAAAGAUGUCGGGAUUAUGUUCUUCCGGCUUUGUGUAAUUAUGGCCUUCCACCUUGCGAUCUGACCCAGUCUGCAGCCAAACCCAGAAAGUUUUGUCGAGACGAUUGCCUCAUUUUAAAGAAUGACCUUUGCAAGAUAGAUUUCCAGAACGCCUUAAGGUUUCCCGUAGUUUCCAGGCUCCUGCCGGAUUGUGACAGUAUGCCAGCUAAGGGACAGCCUGGAUACAAGAGUUGUAUAAGGGUGGUAUCUCAGGUUCCUAAGUUCAAAGUGCGCCUGGAUCAUAACAUCACUAUGUUCCAAAACAAGCCUGUCAUCUUUAAAUGCCGUUUGAACAGUAAGAAGGUACAGGUUAACAUCACGUGGUUCAAAGACGGACAGCCUGUCAAGAAGGUGUUUCCAUCGUACAAGGUAACCAGUUACCGCUGGGGAUCAAAGCUUAGGAUUCGGCGAGCCAAAAUAAAGGAUGCUGGGAUAUUUCAAUGUCGGGCGAAAGGCCCCGGAGGAACAGCCACUGCGCAGGCGUGGUUGAAAAUAAACGGACAUCUCAACACUCCUCCUAUGCCAGUUACCAAGAAGAAUCGUCCGACUACCCAACAAGAAGGAGGUAAUCUUCCAGACGCAACAACACCUAAGUCACUUCCUCCAUUCCCGGGCAUGUGUGAGAAAUACCGCGGUAAAGCCUGUGCACAGUAUAUUGGUAAUCAAAGCAUCUGGGUUGAAUAUCGAUCAGUUUAUCAGCUAAAUAUUGAAAGAGAGUUGUCAAGGGCUCUGGGAACGAUACAGGCACUUCAUCAGAUGACUGAUAGGUGCAGUAAAUAUGGUACUCCUGCGUUGUGUUUUCACGUUUUCCCCACGUGUGAUACCUCAACUCAGAACUUCAAGCAUCGGCUGUGUCGCGAGGACUGCUUUGCCUUGUCUGAAGACAUUUGUUUGAUGGAACUUCAGUUUGCGAUGAGUGUCCCUCACUUUAGAGUUCUGCUUCCAAACUGUUCCGCUCUUCCAACACGCAAUGAUAAAGAUUAUUCCUACUGCACUUCGCUUAAUAUUCCAGGUCUGUCUCAGACCUCUCCAACCAUUCCUCCUCCUUAUAUUCAAGGUGACUCUUGCUAUAAUGGUACUGGUGAAACAUACUCGGGUACAAGGAACGUCACGAAGUCUGGGCGCCCCUGCCGCGUGUGGCGUUCUAUGGACCCCCCAGGUCACAACUUCUGCCGCAACCCUGAAGGACGUAAAGCACAACCAUGGUGUCAUGUUGGACCGAAAUACGAAGUGGAAUAUUGUGACAUUAAACAGUGCUCUUCGUUGAAUGCUGCAGUGAAAACAGUCCCUAAACAACCCCAUAAAGGUGCUGGUUCGGACGCUCGUACCAAUUACGUCAUUUCCGCCAUAAUGGCCGUUUUGAUCGUGGCAUUCCUGUCAAUCUUUGUGUAUCUUAAAGUACAGCAGCGUAAGAGUGCUCUUGCAGAGAGUGACCACGCCUCCUCUGGGUCCAUCUCUAAGAGUACCCAGAGUACAAUGCAGCAACAGAGUACCCAGAGUACAAUGCAGCAACAGAGUUUUGAUCUGAAGCAAAGCAUCAGUGAGAUCAAGUCAUGCGUCUUCCAUCAGCAAGAUCAAAUGUUACAGAGUGGCAAAGUGAAUUUUCUUGAGGGUCUGGGGGAGGGCGUUUUUGCCAAGGUGUGCAGAGGAGUGCUUUUAAAAGAUGACUCGGACGAUACCGGUGUGGAAAUCGCCAUCAAACGUCUCAAAGCCGACGUACCUGAAGCUGCUGUAGACAACUUUAAGAAGGACACGAACACCCUGGCCAAUCUACAGGACAUUAACAUUCUUUGUAUGUUCGGAUUGUCUAAAGGCGAAGAUCCGCACUUCAUGAUGUUCGAGUAUUUUGGUGACAUGGAUCUAUAUCGAUUCUUAGUGGACAACGCAUCCAAGUUAUCAGGGUUGAUACCAUCUGAUAUCUCUGAAUACGAUCUGUUAUUGGACUUUUCGUUGCAAAUUGCUUCUGGUAUGGACUUCCUUGUUGAGAAUCAUUUCGUUCACCGAGAUCUUGCUGCCAGAAACUGUUACGUCACUGCAGACAACAUAAUAAAAAUAUCAAACCUUGGAAUCGGAAGCCACAAAUACCCCUCGGAUUACUCCUGGGUGCACAGUAGCGCUUUACUUCCGGUACGGUGGAUGGCACCGGAAGCGCUCAAUACGUUGAAGUUUAAUGAUAUGACGGACGUUUGGUCGUAUGGGGUUUUACUGUGGGAAAUGUAUACCUUUGGAUGCCAGCCGUACACCGGGUUCACUAAUCAGGAAGCUAUUGAGCGAAUACGGAAUCUGCAAUUACUGUCUUGCCCGGACCAUUGCCCUGCCCGCAUGUUCGGUCUGAUGCGAGAGUGUUGGGACGAAAACCCGUCGGAUAGAUCCCCCUUUUCCGAGAUUUGUUCCCGUCUUCGAGAAUGGGCUGGUGAUUCGAUCGCAGAAAGCCGUUAGUCACAAAACGCGCUCAAUCCUCCGUAAUUAUAGCGAAGACAAGACACUUAUCAACUAGCUACCUGCCGUCCAACAAAUCGGUGGUAGAAUGUUGGCAUUCAGAUCCCGGAGCACUGGAUCAAAAAGAGGGUGAAAGAAUCUUAUGAAUCCCUUUUUUCCGCCGCAAGUAAGUCGAAACAUAGACCGCAUAAAACGCAAAUGUACCAAACAGUUACUUUAACUGAUGAAAGUAGAGCAGUUUGCUCUCCAACGUAAUUUUAUAUCCUUCGGUGAGGAGAGAAUUAUUGACUUGAAACGUUCGGUUUACAUGGUAUUAAUUUAGAAUCAAGGACAUUAUUGUACUGUAGGUUCUCUUGACUAAGUCUUAUUUUGUAGAUACCGUUAUUUCAGUUAUCACGCACUUCUCACUUUCCUGAAUAGAUUGCGUGACGACCCAACUAAUGCUUCGCAAAGAAGACAUCCCAAGUUUGUGAAUAACUUCAUCUCAGGGGAAAAAGCCACUUUUUGCGCUUAUUUUCCAAGUUAUAUUAUUUAUGCUAUUAUAAACUCAUGUCCUCCCCAGACUGAGGAAAUUUUAUUUUAACUUAAGACUAAGAACCAAAAUAGACAAAGGUUACCUUAUUUGGAAAUGUGUUGAGCUGGAGACCUUGUACAUAAAUAAAAGACUUAUAACCGUUACAAAUUUAGAUAUGUGGUUUGUUCGUUCUGAUGUUUUAUAAGUCAAAUGAGUUCCAUGAAUCUCUAGACAUCUUUUUUCACAAAAAUAGGGUUCACCGCAACGAUGAAUGAAUUUCAAAAUUCGCUGUUGUUGUCGUUGUUUUUCCUCGGUUUGUUUGGAAUCAAAUUUGAUCUGUUACUCAGUACGGACAGCAAAAUACACAAUUCUUAUGCUGUACGUUAAGACAACUGAAAAACGACAAUCAGGUGCAAGGUGGUUAUUAUUAUAGUUAUUAUUAUAGUUAUAGUUAUAUUAUUAUUAUAGUUAUAGGUACUUAGUGGUUAUUAUUAUAGUUCGAUUCAUGACUCAUUUGGCCUAUAAAUUAAUUGAUUUUGUAGCUUGAUGACUUGUUACCUCCUUGAUUAUGAAUUAUGUUAAAAUUUUUUAGACCAACGAAACAGGAUAAAUGUAUAGCGAAACCAUGAUUUACAAACAUGGAUGCAAGAUCACUUAAGUAUUUUAAUCAGUUACCAACAUUUUUGAAGUAUUAAUAGUACUGUAUCAUAUUUUUGUUGUAUUUAAUUCCAAGAAAAGUUUACCUGUUCAGAAUUUUCAGUAACUAAUGCUCGUUAUCCGUUUCUUGUUGAUCGUUCAGCAUGUGGUAAUGAAAAAUAGAAGUGUAUUUCUAAUAACAAAAUUAAUUUAGCCCUUAAAUAUGCUAGUUCUUCCCAUACGACAAUUGGUGUGAUCCUUCGUGAUCACAACAGGUGUGAUGGCUAGGUGGGCACUGUGAUCGUUUCUCAUGUGACUUGGACGAGUGGUUCUUUGGCUGGUCCAAUGAGUCACGCUGGUCCAAAGAGUCGCGCCAGAACAAGAGAAACCAGCAGUGUAAAAAUUUUGACGAAGAAUGAAAUAACUGUCGAUGAUCUUGCUAACUCUGUAACUAACCCCUUACGCCCUAACAAUAGUAUUCAUAUUCUCUAUAAAUCAGUAUCCACGAGACUAUACAUUUCUUUUCGUACUGACAUGGAGAAUUUGUUUCAAAGCCUCUCAGGUUGGGGAUCAUUUCCAAUAUUCUCGUAAUCAUAAUGAAUGAUUCAGCAAUAUUAUUGUAAGGAGAAAUUAGAAUUUGGUCACUCUUAGGGUUUAUAGGGUUAAUAAAACCUCAGUAACUUUGUAUAGCAAUGUACAUGUCAGGUAGGAUGUAAAUCUGUUUUCAUACAUAUUAUAAAUAAAGCUAUUAAAACACGG